AAUGAGUCGUUGGAGCGCCAGAUGCGCGAGCUGGAAGAGAGCUUUGGCAUGGAUGCUGCUAACUACCAAGACAACAUUAACCGCCUUCAGGACGAAAUCCAGAACAUGAAGGAAGAAAUGGCGCGCCACCUGCGCGAGUACCAGGACCUGCUGAACGUAAAGAUGGCCCUUGACAUUGAGAUUGCAACCUACAGGAAACUGUUGGAGGGCGAGGAGUGCAGGAUCACUGCGCCAGUCCACUCUUUCUCUGCUAUGAACAUGAGAGAAACCAACCUUGAAUCCCGCCCAAAUGACAUCCAAUCAAAGAGGACACUUCUGAUCAAGACUGUUGAGACCAGAGAUGGACAGGUCGUCAACGAAAGGGAUCACGAUGAAUUGGAAUUGGACAUGGAGUGA